CGGUUGGGCUGCUGGAGCUUCGAGUGAAGCCCCCAGCCAUGUUUUUGGGUCCCCCGGACCACGAGGGAAAGCAUGGCGGGACAGGCGAGAUGGGCCUCAGCUGCCGGGCGCGCUGUCCUGUGGAGAAGCCCAGUGAAGAUGUCUUGCAGUUGCGCUACUUUCACUUUCCUAAAUCAGGAAAUCGGUCCGUAAGUGGGUAAAUUCUAGUUACUUAACGCAAACCAGAAAGGGAUUCCUAGGACGUUUAACCAAAGGUGGUGGCAAUUUCAAGCCUCCCUCUUGAAUGCAGCAGGUGUGGUGGUGUUGGGUAAAAACCAAGCUCAGAAUUUCCAGGUGAGAGUGUCAGAAACGUCCGGAUGGGUCAGGACGCUGGGCUAGUAGGAAGAAAAUUAACUCUGUCCCAGCCGAAACCAGGACCCUUGGGUCUCGACAUUUGUUAGACAGCACUGCUUAGAGAGUACCCCAUGGUGCGAAGCCCUGGCACUGCCCCGGCAUCCGCAGGCUGGAUUUGCUUGGGAACCUGUGCACCUUAGCAUCUGUUUCUGGAUCCGUGGCCUGUGAACUUGCCUAAAUUCCUUUUUAUCUGCCUCCAGAAAACGUUGUGGCGACAGAUUGCAGUUUUUACAUUGUAAAGGAAGUGCUUUCAUUUGUGUUAAGCAGGUUUCAGGGUUAUGUCUCUUAAGCGCAGAGCAUACAGGGUGUUAAGCACGUGUGUAACGGUACAAAAAUAACGUAAAGGUAAGUACAUAAGUUUCAAGACUGAAAAAUUAAGUUGUGCAAGGUAGCAUUCUUCACAUAUGUCUCUGGCUUUUAUGCUUAGUAAGGAAGGAGGCUUCAGAUAUCCCAUGUAUAUCACUUUUGCUUAUAGAAAGAUACAACAUUUACAUUUAAAAAUUCUCUUAGCCCAACACAGUUUCUGAUAUUCCACUCUGGUAUUCCAUUCUGCUGCAAAGAAAACCUAAUACACAUAAUGUACUUUUUUUUCCUGUUCCCUCAGGUUUCAAUGGAUUUUACAAGUCCCCCGCUAUCUUUAAAAGAUAAUGGUUUUAGUAUGACAAGCUUUCACCUUUUGGGCACAUCAGAAAAAGAGGUGGAAGGACUUGAAAUGGAACUGAAGAAAUGGAAGGCAAGAGUUCUAAUAGCUGAAAAAGCAAAAGAUGACCUUCUGCUUUGUAAAUUAAGUGCUGCUGAAGAGUGUGAUAAAGCAGAGAAGGAACUGAUAAAGCUAAAGGACUUAGAAGAGAAAGAGCGUAAGGACAUUCUUAUGUAUAGGACCAUCCACGAGAGAGAACUCUAUGCACUUAACCAAGAAAACGCUGAGCUGAAGAGAGAGAUUGAAAAGCUCAAAGGAGACCUUGCAGAAUGCAGUGCAGUGCUUUCGCGGGAUGGUCAGAUUAAAAAAAAGGUAGCAGAAAUGAAAAUGAAGUUCACUCACAUGGAGGACAUGAAGGCUUGUUAUCCAGAUAUGAAUACCUACUGUGUUUUCGGUGUAACUGCAAAAAUCCCAUUCAGACUGAAUCAAAACCAGGCACUGCUUACUUUUGAAGAUGAAGAAGUUGCCCAGAGACUGAUAAAAAUGGGUAAGCAUACUGUGAACCUGGACAGCAAAAUAGCAGAAGUGAAAGUGAAGCCUUUUACACUUGAAAUGGGAACCAAAUUUGAGCUCCACGUCACUAUUUCUGGACGGAAGAUCAAUGUUUCAGAAGUACCUGAGCUAUCCAUUCCUGAAGACUGGAUGAGAGACAAGUUAGAGCUGAAUUUCUACAAAUCUGAUCAGGGAGGAGGAGGAGAAGUAGAAGAUGUGAGCUAUGACAAGCAGUCUGGAACAGCUGUGAUUACGUUCCUCAGACCUGGAGCAGCUAACGGCUUUGUGAGAUGUACUAAAUACCCCUUCUGUGUAAAUGGAAGGUGCUAUAGGCUUCCUGUGUCCCCAGACACCAACAUACGCUUGGAAAAGUUUCAGGUCUAUUCUGGGAUUUCUAAGAAGACCAUUCUGCUGAAAGGAAUUCAAGAGACAGAAGAUGAUGAGGAAAGUGUACAGGACCUGAUUGAAGUUCAUUUUCAAAAGCCUAGUAAUAGUGGAGGGGAAGUAGAGAUAAUCAAAUAUGUAUCAAAAGGAGUAACAUGGGUUUGUUUUGAGGAGGAUACUUAGAAUGAUGUAGAUUGAACUCAGGAAGUUCUGAGGUUUUUCUUCAUCAGAGGCAUAGGAAGUUAUGCAGACAUUGUACUUUAAUUUUCUGAAGUUUAUACUUGAAAAAGAGGAACUGCCUGUCUUUAUGAUUUGUGUAACAGCACAGACUUUGCAUAGAAAUUCGGUAAAAUCACUUCUUGGGGUCCCAGAGGUUCCUGGUUAAAGUCAGGAAAAGCUUUUAUCAGCACCUGAAACUUAAUCUAAGAUUGCUUUCUGCGAACUUGCAGAUUUUGUAUCUUGCAAAUUUUAGAUAGGUCGCGUACUCCAAAGUGGAAUAAAUCUAUUCCUUCUUACCUUUUGGUUACAAAAGCUGUGUGCAAUCCCAAUCAUAAGCCUAUUCACGCACCUGCUUUUUUUAAGUGCCAUAGCUUCAGGAGGUAGCUCUGACAGAACUGCAGCCCUGCUGAGGCUGCUGUGUGCCACCAUGACUCAAAUACCUGAAACAGUUAUCCCGCCACUUCAUAAAAUCCGCAUUAUCAAAUUAGGGAUAAAAUAGGAAAAGGGAGUGUGCAAAAACACCACAGAUUUACUCAAGAAAUUGCCCCUUGUAAGAAAUGCCAUAGCAGUAAUGCUGCUUUUAGCUGUCAAAAUGCUGUUGCUUCUCCUAGGAGCUGAUACAAAUUCUGCUGAGCUUCUGAUGGGUUAAUGGCCUGGUUUAUUAUUUGUUUUUAACAUUUGUUUCUACAAUUACAUUUUUCCUCUUUUUUUUUUUUUUUUUUUUAUGGUUUUGCUUACUUUAAAAUAUUGCAGUUAGGAACUGAAGUGACUCGUUAUCUAAAACAGCUUGCUUUGUACCAAUGCUGGAGAAACAGUCGGGUGGUGGACACUGUGUCACAGAAUCCCAGAAUCCCAGCACGGCCGGGGCUGGCAGGGCCCUCGGGAGCUCACCCCGUCCCACCC